AUGCAGGACAAACUCUUUUUGCUCAAUUCAGAGCUCCAAGGUCUUCGAAGUCUCGCGAAUUCUGCAGCUCAAUCUUACAAAUGUUGUCUUUUCAGCACCUGAGAUGAGCGCGUCGUUUAUGGAGUUUGGCUCGGCCGACUCUUCGGAAUCGGCAGCCAACAAGGUAAGAUCUGCUCAAAACAUCUCCGAAACUUGCACUAUAAAACGUAUUUUUUCGAAGAUUUGUUCAUAAGAAGCAUUUUUAGGUGGCUCACCACGUUGAACAGAUGAUGGACUCUUCGGAUGUCUACGAGAGCUUGACUCAACGCGGAACGACACCAGUGUCUGGACUUGGCGACAAGUUCUAUGUAAAAGGAGCUCCAGAAUUCGUGUCAACGAGGAGAAUACCGAUCCCCGGAGAGCUUCAGAUGCAAAUGAAUAGUAGGAAAUUCCGACAAAGCAGAAAUAUACGCUUCUUUUGUAGAUAUUCACAGCGAAUUUAGUAUGGGAUUUUUCACGCAAAUCAGCAGGGUUUGGGUUGUCAUCGACAAUAAUUUGUACAUGUGGAACUAUGAGUCGAAGUGAGGAAAAUGUUAGCGGUUUCCACUGUGAAACCUGUUUUUCAGUGAUGAUCUAGCGUUCUUUGACUCCUCCGACGCCGCCAUACUGAAAGUGGCACUGGUGGCCAUCAAGAAGGGAGUGUUCGAGGCGGAAAUCCAGUAUGGUCUCGUCGUCGGAACCAUCUCCGAUAUAUGUCUCUAUCCAGUGUUCAACGUCGAGGAAAACGGUCAGAGCAGCAUUACCAUUGAUUCAAAGCGGUGCUUCAAGGUUGUAAAACGUAGUUAAUUUUGUAGACUUUAUGAGAAAGAUUCCAGAUCGCACUGGACGGAGCCACAGUUAACGACAUCGCGUACACGAGGUGUGGACGGGUAUUCUACACAGCUGAUGACCAGCUGUUCGAGUUUGUCUACGAGGUUAAUAACUUUGCUUUAUAUUCCGGUUUUGAGCAAGUGUUGUCUGAAAAACUAUUCGAUAAAACCUUUUUCCAGAAACAAAACGGAUGGUUUGGAUCGACAAACCACAAGUGUCGUGGAGUGAAUCAAACGGCUUCCAUUCUCGGAACAUUCAUUUCUCUGCCUUUCUUCGGAUCCUCUAAAGAGCCCCUCGACCAGAUUUCGAUCGACCGUUCCCGCAAUCUAAUGUACCUUCUCGGGCGCCAGGGAACCAUCAGCGUCUGGGAUCUUGGCGCAGAAGAGAACGAGUGCAACAAGUUCACGAGUAUUCCGAUUGCUAAAAUUGCUCACGAGGCAAACAUCCUGACGCAGUUCGGCCAUGACGAAAACGCUUUCCUGAACAUUACCUCGAUUCGAGCUAUCGAAGCUGACCAGUCUUCUAUUCUGAAUCUUGUGGCCACCACUGUCAAGGGUGUCCGACUGUAUUUGUCGGUUACCACAAGACAGACAGCAGUACCUCUAGCGAGUCAGAACGGAAAGAUUCAUGAUAAGGUUUUGCCACCUUUGUUCAUCUUUAGAAACCAUGCAGUUAUUCUCAGAACGUUCCUCAAAGUACCGUCCGUCCGCAGUGUCUUCGUGUCGCCCAUGUUCGCUUUGCUCCCGGAGUCGCCCCAUCGAGCAUCUAUGGAGACGGACCGUCGGGCGUUUCCGUCGUCUAUUCCGAUGAAUCCAUCUGUGCCAUGGCCACUGCCAACCGAAACACAAUCUUCACUUUUUCCAAUUUUUACUAUCCCGCAGCAAAGUUCUAUGUCGAAUCAGCGGUAUAAAUUGGAAAGGUCCUCAAUAUUCAUUAAUUUUCCCCAUUCAGACGGAAUGCGAUAUCACUGGACACGUUUGGGAGAUUGAAGCGGUCUCUCAAGUCAAAGUAAAGUCCCGUCCUCCGCCGAAUCACCUCGUCGCGCGUGUUCUACCGCACUCUUUCUACCGUUCCCAGCUCGAAACGAACCGACGUCUUCUGGUCUGUUCGAACGAGGGAGUUUUCGAAUUCACACACGUUUCCGCUGUUGAAGCACUCAGAGAAGCUCUUUUCGAUGGCGGUGUCGAGGGAAAUGCCGCGUUGCAAUUGUGGCAGAAACUAGGAUCGACGGAAAUACUGAUUCUCGCAUUCCGUAUUCUCACUUCCGAUGCGCCAAUCGAUGAACGAAUCCGAGGAAAAGCAGAACAGAUACUAUACAGUCUGAAGGAGACGCCGGAGAUUGUGGAGAACGAACGGUUUGGCGAUCAGUCGACAUGGUCCCCGAACGAGAGUAGCAUUGCCGAGUGGAAGCACCGAAUGAAGACGCCGUUGCUCUCUUCCACGCCUAGAGGAACGGUGGACAGUCGGCAGGCACAACAGUCAUUCUACAGCUCGCCGUUCUCUCCGAUGCGUAAGUUUCCCUAUUUGGUACUUUCAACGAACAGUUUCUUGUUUCAGUGGAUCACUCGAUGGCAGCAGGAGGCAAUGGCAAUCUAAGGAUGUCUCCGUCGCGUCGCCACGAUGCUCUUUUCUACUACUUCUCCCGCCUUGUCGCGCCUGUCUGGAACGACACGAUCUGUGAAGUGGUCAAUGAGAAACAACUGAGAAUCACAUUCGAGCCGGAAUCCAUUCUGCUUCUGAAAGAACAGAUUCAAAAAUUGGGAAGCCUGAUGGACGACUAUCGUCUCGUGCCGGCCAUGGACUUUGGAGGAUACUCGGCUAAUAUGACAGACAGAUUGAGUGUUGAAGCAACUUGUCUCGAACGCCAGUCACUUACUGGACUCCGGAAACUGAUCGAUGCCACCGUAGAGACUCUCUGUCUCUGGCUUCUCGCAUACGAGUAUAACUUGGCAGCCAUCUCCUCCGGAAUGAAUCCGCAGCUGCUGCCGAACUUCGGAGCUCGCAAACUCGCUCACCUCGUCGCCGACGGAAGCAAUCUGAAUGCAGAGCUGAUCCGUGCAAUGAUAAAAUACUUCCUGGGAGACGAAGCAGGAACGAAGCAGCUCUCGGAGAGCCUCCGUCAAAUGUGUCCGAAUCUGUAUUCGGAAGACGAUGCUUGUGUCACAUUCGCCAUGGAACAACUGGAGGCGGCCAAGAAGUUAGGAGCCGGAGCAGCUCGUCGUCGUCUCGUUCAGACGGCAGUCGAGAUGUUCAAACAAUCAAUCGGUAAAGUCGUGCUCGGAGCCACGUGUCAGCAACUGGCGGAGAGUGUGGGAGACUACGAAGCCAUCGUGGAAUUGUGCCUUCUGAGAGCAGCGAAAGAAGAUCCGAAGCAGCUAGCUCUGCUCGCCUACAAGCACGGAAGAAGCGGAUCGGACACGGAAAUGCUCAGUGCCGAGAAGAAGAGACUGGAUUGCUACAAGUAAGUGCCGGUUGAUCAGCAGAGCGGUUUAUUCAAGGCAUUGCAAGUAAAAUACACGUUUUAUGCGAGGUGUUUAUGCAAUUUAAUCGAUUAUCUGAGCCAAGCGGUCACUUUCGAGCUGAAUUUCGUUCAAUUCGUUGAGUGACUUCCAAACUGACCAAACUGCGAUUCAAUGGAGCUGAGCAUCGCUUCCACAUUGUCUCUGACUCUGAUCAUGUGCUGGUCCCUCGUAACUCCGGGUUCUGACUGCGACAAGUUCAGCGGCGGGUUCCCGUUCCGCACCUGCUGCAUUGUGUUCUCUAUUGAUGCGAACAUGAGCUGACGAAGUGUGCUGUCAUUUGCGAAGCUGCUGUUGACGCAGUGAUUUGUAACCGGGAGAGGAGCGCAGGAAUAGUGGUUUUCCGAGAUGUUCAUAUCGGUCGAUCGCUAAAAUGAGGAAAGUGAUGAUUGAGAGCAAACUGAUGUGGACAGGGGAGAGAGAGUGUGUAUUUGUGUGCGGAACGGGACGGCCUUGGUGCGAUUACUUUGGUGUUUUAUCGAUUGGGUCACACUAAAACUGACCCGGGAUGCGGGAGAGAAAGAGAGCGGACGAAACGGCCGAACGGCGCGGAAAUGGCAUUGGAAUGGGCGGAAUUCGCAUUCAGAGUUGUUUGUGGGUCAUGCGAACAACAAAGUGGAACUGACAAUUAAAUGAGUUAUUUGUCAUGUUUGGCGUAGGAUGUGCUGCAUCGCACAAGUUAAAGACUGGGCGGGAAGAAAUUGAGUCCUGUAAAGGGUUUAAAAGAUUUUAUCACUUUCAGAGUGAUCACUGAUGAAUUGGAGAAAUUGGAAGAGGAGGCAACUUCUGAAGUGCCACGUGAUUCGGCCGUCAAUCGAGAUCUGAUGAUCAAUGCGAUUUUGAACUCUGAAGAUCAACUGGCCCACGCCGCCGUUUUCCGUUGGCUUCUGACGAAGAACAAAACAAACGUCAUUCUGCAGAGCAAGUCUCCGUACAUUGAGUUCUUCCUGGUGCAAGAGAUCAACGCGGGGCGCGGACAGAAGUAUUUCGAUCUUCUGUGGCGAUUCUACGAGAAGAGCGGCAACUACGAUAAGGCCGCCAGACUGCUCAGCAAGUUGGCUGAGAAUGACACGUAAGAACUGAAUUUUGAAUUUGAAAAUCAUUAUAUUUUGUUUUCAGCUGGAACAUGGGUCUGUCUCAACGUUGUGCCUACCUUUCCCAUGCCAUUCUCUGUGCACAAUCGUGCAAAGAUUCCGCGAUCACCUCUAAUAUCGAUGAUCUCCGCGACCGACUCGACGUCGCCAAUAUUCAGAUGAGAGUCAAGUAAGUUCAAAGAAAUCAAAUUCGUUUUCAAUUUUAUGUAAUAGGGACGCACUGGUUUCGCCGAGAUACACAGAAAUUGUCAAGAAACUUGACGGACCGAUCUUCUCACUUCAAGAACUUCUGCAAAACUACGUGAAACCGUACAAAAUGCACAAAAUCGAAUUGGCCGUCCUGCACUGUGCCAAUAUUUACGUCGACGAGCCUAUUUUCGAGGCGUGGGAGAACGUCAUCCAAGAUGGUCGGUGCCUCAACCCUCUUUUGAUCUGAAUCUUUAUUCCAGAAUUCAUGACCGCCCGUGACGAGAGCUCUCUGUGUGAGCAGUUGGCGAGCACAGUAGGAGAGCUGUUCUCGAUCUACAGGGACACCAAAUACUUCCCGAAGGAGUUCGUCAUCCGCCGGAUUCUGGAGAUUGGAUCAGGGGGGAUCACUGAAGUGCAAGGCCACCGACUCGUUCUUCCGCCCGCCUUUUACCCUGUCCUUAACAAAAGGAUAAUGCUCACCAACUGCGAGUUUUUGAAAAUCGCAUCGGAUGAGUUUCGAACUGGAGGAGACAUGUGGUUUACGCACAAUUGGAGGGGACAGGAGUACAUCACGAAGGUGGUGCUCAGGCUGACAAGAGCAGUCAUAAAGGAGCUGGAGGGCAUGCCGACGUCCGGAAGGUACGUUCUAUUGGGAGGAAACCUAGGGACAGACAAUAUUGAGUUAUUAUAGCAGGGGGAGCAAACAGCAUUUGAAGAUGUGAGUUCCAAUUGAAAUUUCCUUUUGUUUUCCAAUCUCCUGCUUUUCCUUUCCUCCACCUCUUCUACGUCGUCUGAUUCCCUCUGUUCACUUCCCACUUGUACUCUCCUUCUUCGACAAUCUCGACCAGUUACAGAAGGUCGACCGCCCGUGAGUGUCUCACGCACAUCCUUCCAUUCAUCCGCCGAGCCUGCGACGUCUCCGCUUCUCUGCCUCUUCAGGCACUCGGAAAUGAGCUGAACAUGCUGCAAAACCGUCUCUCCGAGUUCUCUAACUAA